UUUUUUACCGAACACAACAAACUAAUUGCUAACUUUCUUUUUAUAUAUGUUAAUAUGUUGCUGAAAAUUCGUCACGCACUGCUCGAAGUGUCCAAAUCUUCGACCACCAGCACCAAGCAAUCUGGAAUAAUAAUUAAUAACGAGGUCAUAAUUUGCUCCGGCUGCAUACUUUCUUCAUACGUACGACCAUCUGAUGAAGAGGAGAGUUCCGUCUCCGCAACAAGAUAUAUCAUUGAUAGCCUGCAACAGUGUAAGCUGAUAAACGCUCAAGAAAAGAAUUGCGAGGCGGCGAAAUAUCUGCGCACCUUGAAUUAUCUGGUGACCUUUGAUCGCAAGCUUUCGGAGCGCAGUGCGCAGCAAAAAACAGGCAAUGCUGUGGGUCCUAUUCUCACCCGCUACACAGCACAGCCCUUGUACGUGUUUUGCGCCGUCGAAGUGUCCAGGAAUUUACAUAAAUUGUUGCAAACUAGCGCUUUGAAUGACGAACAAAAUGAGGUGCUGCGCUCAAGUUUUCUAGUGCUGAGCAUGCGACCAGGAGAUGGAAGUGGAGGCGACGACUUUAAUAUUAAACGCUUUUUACAGUACAUUGGAAACUAUUUGCGAUACCUGCAGGACUUUGCCAUCCGCACGCUCGACGAUGUGCUGGUCAUGUGCUCCCCUUUUGGCUUGGAAAAUUUCUACAAGACCAUUAGCAUUGGGAAAGUCAGCAAUGUAAUUGGUCGAAGUGGAUGCUUGUUUGCUUUGUCCAAUCCCCUGCCCCUGGGAUGCGAAGGCUCGGCGGUGUUCAACAAUAAGCUACGAUUGAUUGGCGUAAUAGUUUGCACAUCGUUUCAACGGCAGCAGGAGAACGUAAAUCUGACCAUAGCGGCUAAUUUUGGAUAUCUGUUGCGUGAUUUUAUGGAACAACUAGGAGUACCAAUUACAACGUUCCAUUUGCAGAGGGAGCCAUCAAAUUUUGCAUGGGAGCGCACCAUUGUGGUAAUAGAAUCAUCGGGCCAACAAGGUACCGGUACCUUCAUCAAGGUACACAACAAGCGAUUUAUUCUCACAUGCGCACAUGUGGUGGGCCAGCUCAACACGAAAGUGCAUUGUCGCGCAGCGGACCGGCAAUUUACUGCGGACGUGCUUUGGUGCAAUCCCGAGGUAAAUCGUCCGUACGACUUAGCUCUCCUGACCGCCCCGAUUAAUGUGCCAGAGCGUCAUUUUGUGCGCUUGGCGCGGAAUCGUGCUACUAUGGGUCAAACAGUGUACAACGCCGGCUUUCCUUAUUAUGUGAACUUCAACUUUAAAUAUGACUUCAACCCAUCAAUAUUUCAAGGACGCAUUAUUAAGUAUGAUCAAGGAGCUAUUAUGUCAGAUGGAAGCGUUCAGGCCGGUCAAAGCGGUGGCCCUAUGUUCGAUCAGAACGGAUGUAUAUUGGGUGUCUGUGUUUCCAACAUAAAGUAUGACGAUAUAGUCUAUCCAAAUAUAAACACAGCAAUUCCCAUUUGGGAUGUGCGUGCGACAUUAUAUGAAUUCGCAAGGACGAGCGAUGUAAAAGUGCUCAACAAUUUGGUGGCAAAUCAGGAUGUGCAGAGGGUUUGGUCGCUCGAAUUGCCGCCUAUUCGAAGUAAACUCUGAAUGAUCUUUGGUCUCAUGUACUAUUAAUUGCCAAGUGGUGUCACUAACUUUCUGUAAUAUGUAUUUUAAGUUCUGAUAUUCCGUAUACAUAAUAACACAUAUUAUUAUUUAUACAAUCAAAAAGUAUACAUAAAACUUGUUUAUACAACACUACAA